AUGUUUCUAAAAGCCCUCAUCGCCACGGUUGGAGUCUUUACAACUUCAGUAAACGCUACUAUAUACUAUGCAGGGGUAGCUGAAAGUGGUGGAGAGUUUGGAGUUUGGAGUGCCACAGGUACUGUAGGAACAGGAUUACCAGGGACGUUUGGCCGGGAAUAUUCAUUCAUUGACAAAUCUGCAAUUGAUAUUUAUGUGGAUCAGAACAAGGUCAACCUGUUCCGUGUAGCAUUCCUAAUGGAACGUAUGUGCCCUCUCGCUACCGGCUUAGGCUCUAAAUUCAAUGAGACUCAUUUCUCCUAUUAUGAGGAUGCCAUAAACUAUAUCACCCGCACCAAAUCAUCCUAUGCUAUACUAGAUCCACAUAACUACAUGCGCUACAAUGAUCCAUCUUCUCAGCCAUUUUCUGGAUCUGUGAUAGGUGACACCACUGAUCCAAAAGCUGCGACCACGGCACAAUUUGGAGCAUUUUGGGGAGAGUUAGCAAAGAGAUUUAAAAACAACCAGAAUGUUAUCUUUGCAUUAAUGAACGAACCCCACGAUAUGACCACAAGCUUGGUAGUAGCAAACAAUCAAGCUGCUAUUACCGCGAUUCGCAAGGCAGGGGCUAAAAAUUUAAUCUUAGCACCAGGAAACGCAUGGACAGGAGGACAUUCCUGGACCGAAGGCCCCGACCCCUCCAGCGCCCAAAUGCAAAACCUACGCGACCCCAUCAAUAAUACCGCAAUCGAUAUCCACGAAUACCUCGAUGUCGAUUUCUCUGGCGGGCAUUCUGUCUGCGCAUCCCCAGCCCCAGAACUUCUCGCUCCUCUUACCACUUGGCUUCAAACUCACAAUCUCAAAGCUAUGAUCACUGAAUUUGGAGGCGCUAACGGCACAGAAUGCGCUCCAUAUAUCAAAGGAAUGAUUGAUUAUAUGGCGCAGAACGACGAGUACAUAGGAUGGACGGCUUGGGCUGCUGGACCGUUUUGGGGUACUAAUUCGCCGUGUUGUACUGAUUCGUCGCUGUGGGGUAGUCUGGAACCGGGAAGUGUUGCUUCUGAUGGAAGUCCUGGAUUGUAUACGACAGUUUGGUUAAAAACUAUUCAACCAUUGUUGCCGAAGACAUUGCAGCGGUGGGGUCCAGCGACUGUGCAUGGAAAUUAG